GUUAAUGGUGAAUAUAUCACAGCCUGUCCUCACGACGAUGCUGUGAACAUUCUUAGAAAUGCAGGUGAUAUCGUAGUCCUUACAGUUAAGCAUUAUCGAGCAGCGACACCAUUCCUGCAAAAACAACUGAGUAGAGAAACCCCCGAAUCGGACAAUGAUGCAACGUGUGCCGAACUGAAGGCGGACGAGGUUUGGAAAUCGGCAAACAACAGCAGGCCAGUGUCAAUCAGCUCGGAACCGGAAAAUCGAUGGAUUGAUUUAGUGUCGGUUCCUCUCAUGAUGGCCUACGUGACCCGGUACAUCUACGGUACGGAUAAGCUGCGACCGAAUGCAUUUGAAGUCCGUGGCCUCAAUGGAACCACAACCGGAAUUAUUCACUGUGACGACCUGGCAAUCCUGAGUCAGUGGCUCAAAUACAUCACCGACAACAUUGUGGGGCUGACCAGUCUACAGAUGAAACUGUACAACCGCAACUUCCCCGUCGGCGAGCGGAUCGAGUACAUGGGAUGGGUGAACGAAGGUGUCAUCAGCAAUCACAUCUCGUGGCAGAGCUACAAACCGCGCUUCCUAGUCCUGAAGGGCACCGAGGUGAUGCUAUUCGAUUCACCUCCACUGAAUGUGGCCGGUCUGCAAAAAGCGACCGUGGCGUACAAGGUGUACCAGACAAUGUUCCGGGUGGUGAAGGAGUCCGAGACGGUGGAUUCCCGGCAGCAUUGUUUCCUGCUGCAGAGUUCAGGACACGAACCGCGCUAUCUCAGUGUGGAAACGCGGCAGGAGCUGCUGCGAAUCGAAAACAGCUGGAAUGCUGCCAUCGUUACUAGUGUAAUUAAAUUAGGGCGUAAAACAUUCGCCGUAUCUCACCAUGGCAAACCAGGCGGAUUGACUUUGGACUGGCAAGCCGGAUUCUCAUUGACCGAGGGAGCGGAUGCCAAUGAGAUUUGGCAGUACAAGUUCUCCCAGCUGAGGGGUUCGAGUGACGACGGCAAAUCCAAACUGAAACUACACUUCCAGGACCACGAAACGCGUUCCAUCGAGACCAAGGAGCUCGAAUGUCAAGUUCUACAAAGUUUGCUCUUUUGUAUGCAUGCGUUUUUAACGGCUAAAGUUGCUUCGGUUGAUCCGGCCUUUUUGAGUUCGAUUCAGCAGGCUUGAAUUUGCGCUGAAGCUGCCGCCGAUCGAGGUGCCGAUGCGUGUGAUGACGAUGAUGACACGGGCAGCGUGCUUCAGAUUACAAUUGUAGAAUCGUAAGCAAUUUAGUAGAUUUAAUGCAAUUAUGGGGGGAUGUGGGCCUGAGGGAGGGAUUAACCUAAACUACUUACACGGAAACAAACAAUCAAAAUCACGAUGGCACACAGUCCAGUUCAAUUAGGAUUUCCGAAACAAGCGGUAGGUGUACUUCGAAUAGGUUACCCAGUCACAGUGAAAGCGACGCGAAAAAAUGAAAUUGAGUCGUGUUUUCCAGAAUUGAUACAUAUUUAAGCGACUAGAACUAAAAUUGACUGAUUUUCACACAAGUAUUCGCUUUAGUUUCUAAACGGAACGUGGUACUUCGUAGGUCUAAUUUUACUUAGAAUUAAAUAAAAAAAUAUGGCAAGAAUAGAGAAGCGAGUCGAAACCAACAGUCGGUCACGAUAUAAUCUCUUAUGUUUUCCAUUGAAAGGUGCUAACUAAGAAAGGCAAGCGAAAAUUCAUGUUAGAUAUGCGUAAGAAUAGAAAAUGCCUCUUUCCAUGCUACUCUUAUCGAGGUCGAGAAUAAGUUAAGUGUAAAAUUAAGCAACCUGAAACAGUAAAGGCAUUUCAGAAAAACUUGAUAACGGGAGCAGUGUAAUUGAAAACCAAAUAAAUCUGAAUAAAAAUGAAACGGUUCCCAACGCGCGCACGCGAGAGUCAAAUCAGAUCCGAACAGACGUUUGGUGCAAACCAGAGAGCAUGUUGAGAUGGCAGGUACGAAUGUACACGCACCACCACCAGGUUAAUUGAUCGAAACAUUGUGCUAACCAAAGCAAUUAGAGCGAUAAGAGAAACCUAGUUUGCAUAAGUUAGAAACACCAAGCUUUUUUGGUAAUAAAGAGUACGCGUGGAAAAAUGAUGAAAAAGAA